CGCCAGCCCAACACCCACCGGCAAACCCUAACCCACUCUUCCUCCCUUAGUCCCUCUCGUUCCUGGCGGCUGGCUCUCUCUUCCCUGCGGCGGCGCAUCUGGGCACGGAGCCGUUCCUGUACGACUAUACGUGCAUGCAGGAGCCAUGCCGGGGAAGCGCUGGGGAGUCGUUCGACCCGUUCCUGUACGUGCAUGCGGGAGCCAUGCUGGGAAAGCGCUGGGGAGCCGUUCGGCCCGUUCCUGUACGUGUAUGCGGCGGCGCGUCUACUAGCUUCAGGGAGCAGCUGCGCAAGGAGAUCACGGCGGCUCCUGUCCAACCGCCUUAUCGGGCCAGCGGAAGGACCUGGGAGUAGCUACGCAAGGAGACCACGACGACUCCUGUCCAACUGCCUCGUCGGGCCAGGGGAAGGACCUCCUGUCGCUACUGCUGGCCGGGACGGAGGAGGCCACCGACCGGCGGCUCACCACGAGGGAGCUGGUGGACGGGGCAAGACCUUCUUCUUCGGCGGGCACGAGACCACGACGUUGGCGCUGUCGUGGAUGCUGCUCAUGCUCGUCGCGCACCCGGACUGACAGGACGCGUUUGCGGGCUCGGGCGGGCACGAGCCACUAAAUGGGCCGUGCUAUUCGGGCCGGGCCGGCACGAUCGGGCCUACACCGUGUCGUGCUCAGGAAGAGAUUUGAGUCCAUCGGACGUCACGACACGGUUAAGUGGACGGGCCUAACCGUGCCGGGCUCAAACGGGUCGGGCCGAGUCGGGCUUGGACUGGGCCGGGCCGGGCUGCCCGUUUGGACAUCUAUAUGUACUCCCAAAAGUAGAUUAUGUAUGUAUACAAUUAAUAUAACCGUGGGGUGUGGGGACCAGCUGCUGAGUGGCUUAUGUAUGUAAAGCUUUUAAUUCCAUUGGAAGCCGCUAAACGAGCUAAAACGCUUUAAUCAACUUUUAGUCCAUUUUGUUUAGAACUUU